ACGUAGGAGUUCAACACGCAACGUGUCCCUGUGCUGUUGACUGGGAAGCCCCUAGCACGGAGCUGCCAACGCCCGGCGUACAGACACAAACAGAGGAGACGAUAUUGAAUGAGUAGCGAAGACUGUAAAACACAGCUAUGCAGACCAUUAAGUGUGUUGUCGUUGGGGACGGUGCUGUGGGUAAAACCUGCCUGCUCAUCUCUUACACCACAAACAAGUUUCCCUCUGAAUAUGUACCUACGGUCUUUGAUAACUAUGCUGUUACUGUAAUGAUUGGAGGCGAGCCCUACACUCUGGGCUUGUUUGAUACAGCAGGUCAGGAAGACUACGACAGGUUACGACCUCUGAGUUAUCCUCAGACAGAUGUCUUCCUCGUCUGUUUCUCUGUUGUGUCUCCCUCCUCGUUUGAAAACGUUAAAGAAAAGUGGGUUCCAGAGAUCACCCAUCACUGUCCAAAGACCCCCUUCCUCCUAGUUGGGACGCAGAUUGACUUGCGGGAUGACCCCUCAACUAUAGAGAAGCUGGCCAAGAACAAGCAGAAGCCCAUCACCCCGGAGACAGCUGAGAAGCUGGCGAGAGACCUCAAGGCUGUGAAAUAUGUGGAGUGCUCAGCCCUCACACAGCGAGGGCUGAAGAAUGUAUUUGACGAAGCUAUCCUAGCUGCCCUUGAGCCACCUGAGACGCAGGGAAAAGGGAAAUGCUGUAUAUUUUAAACUCUGCCACUUCUCUUAUGACUGCUCUUAUUCUCUCAUUCCUUUCCCCCAUCUCUCUCCUUUCUUCUCCUCUCCUCAUUCUAUCUCUUUACAUGUGCUGCUUUUUAAACCCAGUCUCAAUCUCAGACAUCUAACCAGUCCAUCAUACUGAUAUUAGUCUUAUCCCCGCCACUAACUACAACUAAUCUGUGUUCUGGACUCAUUCACUCUACUGCCUUUUUAUUCACUUCAGUGACUUGUUGCCUAACCUCUAACUGCUGACAUUUAGUUUGUUUACUGUGGUAAUUAACUUCAAGUCUUAUUUCUGGAGUGGUUUAUGUCCACUUUAUUUAAAUUGUAAAUCUUCUAGCAUUUUUAGUUUUCCUUCUUUGGCCCGGUACUUCGUUUAUGUGGCCACUGGCCAGCAGUACAACUUUAUCUUACAGAGGAUGCAGGAUGUAAUUUGGGAUGUAGCCAUUGUUUUAGUUUCUCUCCCUUCUGUCCUGGAGUAGUAGUGAAUGUGGGGGGGGUUCAGACCACAGCGAGGGGCAGUGGCUUCACAUAGAAAACAAUCUAAAGACUAAACAGAUCUUCCAUUUCUAAUGCUAAUGUAUUUUUUGUACUACUGUUGAUGUGAUGAUUAAACAGAGCGUAAGAGUAUGACUAUUGUUACAUAUAUGGUGCUUUCAGAAAUUUCACACCCCGUCACUGUUGCAGCUUUAUGUUAAAAAAAAAAAAACAUCCCCUUAUCAAUUUACAUUUAAUUCACUAUAACAAAGCAAAACUGAAAUAUCACAUUGAUAGGAGUAUUCAGAUGCUUUGCUAUUACUUGAAAUUUAGGUCAGACACCUUCUAUUUCCUUAGAUGUUUCUACACCUUGAAUGAAAAUACAUUAAAUAGGAAUGAAUAUAAAUGAUUGACUAAGGGUUUUGAAAAACUCUCACUGUCUACACAAGGCCUAACUGCUGAUGAAGCAUAUCCGAGUAAAAGCCAAACCAUGAAGUUGAUUGUGUCAAGGCACAGAUCUGGGUUAAACUACAAAAACACUUUCUGCUGCAUUCAUAGUUAUUUCCUAAGAGCCUCAGUGUCCUCCACCCACUCUUAAAUUGAAGAGGUUUGGAUUAAAAAGGAUUAAGACAAAUUUAGAGAUUGAGAGAUAAUAGUCUUGGUAAGAGAGGUGACCAAGAACCUGAUGGUCACUCUGGAUGUGCUCCAGAGAUCCUGUGACAAGUAAAGAGAAACGUACAGGACAAGCAUCACUGUUGCACUCAAUCUUGGCUUCAUGGUAGAGUGGUCACACAUCAGCCUCUCCAUACUGAGAGACACAUGAAAGCACCCAAAGGACAGAGAAUGGUCCAAAACCAUCCUAAUGGUGAAGCAUGGUGGUCUCAGCAUCAGAUUGUGUAGUUGUUUUUUUCCCCUACAGAAUUGGUGUUAAGUGAAAAAGUAAAUAUCCUUAAAGAUAUUUAAGGAGAUAUCCUUAAAAUAAACCUGGUCUGGAGACUGAGCUGAAAGUCCACCUUCCCAUCAGCGAACGCCUGGAUUUAUAUCCCAAUCAACAUCUUUGCAAAGUACUAGAGGCUUGAGGCUGUAAUCGCUGCCAAAAGCGCUUCAAUUUAACACUGAAUUAUGGACCUAAAUAUUUCAGUGUGAUAUUUGAGCUUUUCAUUUUAAAACAUUUUAAACAAUCGAAGCAUAGGGCUGCAACUUAAAAAUGUGAAAAUAGUAAUGGGUUUCUAAAUACUUUGUGAAUGCACGGUAGGACGUUUAAAUGCUAAUGUCAGAUAGAGUGUGUUUGGCCAUUUUGUCAUUAUAACCACGAGAUGAUAUCUUGUCCUUUUUGGUACUAUAAUACUAUUGAUUUGGUUCAUUUUCAAGCUACGCUUCAAGUUUCUUUUAAAUUGUAAUCUAAAUAACAUGGUUUGACUUAUUUGGCCCAAUGCUCUCUAUACACGACGCCACCAGCUUUGGUGCAUAUCCUGCUGUGUUGGAAGUCCAGAUAAUAUAAAAGCUAUGAUUGUGUGAAAUGACCUGUGUUACAAAUUAAUAAAGGACAGAUGAACUUGC